UCGGAACACUGUCCAAUCAGCGUCGUGUCCGUCAGUAAGUUAACUUGGAGUCCCAGCUGGAACCCACUGGCCCUCUGAUCCUGGAGCUGGCUUCCUUCGUGCUUGGACUCCUCGGUUUUUCCGCCGUUCAUGGUUCCGGUCCAUGAGCUCCGGUCCCCGGCCGUGUGAGGAGCGCAGAGCCGGGCCCGAGGCUCCUCCGGCGGGCAGACAUGCCGCUGUUUGACGGGCGGAUCUGGACGCUGUUUGUGCGCCACUGGAGGCAGACGCUGACCUACUGGAGCGUGUUCUUCAGCUUCGGCCUGUGCAUCGCCUUCCUGGGCCCCACCAUCCUGGACCUGCGGUGCCAGACCCAGUCCACCCUGCAGCAGAUCACCUGGGUCUUCUUCUCCCAGCAGUUCUUCCUCCUGGUGGGCAGCUCCGUGGGAGGACUCUGCAAGAGGACCCUCGCGUCUUCCCUCUACUCCCUCUUCUCCUGCACACUCAUCAUCUCGCUGGUGUUCGCCAUCAUACCUCUGUGUUACCAUGUGGCGCUGCUGUCCAUCGCCAUGGCGAUCGCUGGCAAGGCCAUGGGGGUGAUCGACACCAUCGCCAACCUGCAGCUGGUGAAGCUGUACCAGAAGGACUCAGCUGUUUUCCUGCAGGCUUUGCAUUUCUUCAUCGGCCUGGGGGCGCUGGUGAGUCCUCUAGUGGCCGAUCCUUUCCUGGCAGAGGACAACUGUGUCCUGGCGUCCAACUCCACUAACUCCACCACCAACUCCUCCGUGGACCUUGACCACAUCCGCUCCAGCCUGGCCGGACACGGGGCCGGACUGCAGCCCGGCGCCUCCCAGUAUCCACUGCACACCGAGGGCGUGGUCAUCACCAAGGUGUCCUACGCUUUCUGGAUCAUGGCUCUGAUUAAUCUCCCUGUACCGGCAGCAGUGCUGGCGUUGUUGUACCAUGAGCGUCUGCUGCCUUGCUCCAGGACCAGUCCGAGGUUGCUGGACAGAGACCCGGCGUCCGGUUCGAGUCCUGCUGCUGACUGUGGACCAGGUAGUCAUGUGAGUCUGUUUAGAUGUUGUAAUCCUGAGAAGCUUCGUGGUCGUCCUCCUUCUUUCUUCAUCAUCCACGCUCUGGGCGGGGCCAUCCUCUUCAUCACUGAUGGAAUUAUAGGCUCCUACGCCGGCUUCGUCUACACUUACGCCGUUUCCCCUCCUCUGCUCAUGUCUCAUAAAAGCGCCGGUUACCUGGACAGUAUAUUCUGGGCCUCCAUCACCGCCGGCAGACUGGCGUUCAUCUACCUGUCCUACAGAUACAGCGCACCCAGACUACUCACCGUUAGCCUGGUGGGGGUGAUCGUGGUGCAGUGUUUCUUGAUGAUCUUUUACCACAGUUGUGUGUUCCUCUUCAUCGGUACCUGUGUGUUGGGCUUGUGUAUCAGCAGUGUGUUCCCCUCCAUGUUGGCCUUCACAGAGGACAUAUUAAAUUAUAAAGGCUGUGCCACCACCGUCCUGGUGACCAGCGCCAGCACCGGAGAGAUGAUCCUGCAGCUGCUCGUCGGAUCUGUGAUCCACAGUCAGGGCAGUUACGCCUUCCUGCUGUGCUGUACGAUAGCGUCCUUCAUCGGUUUGUGUCUGUUCCUGCUCCUGCUCUAUGUCCAGUAUCUCCACAGAAAAUCUACAGUGCUUGUGUCAUCUCCUCCGCUGUCAGGGAACAAAUCUCACCCAGUCUCGCGGCCUCGUCUCAUGAGAGUAAACAAAGCUUUAGGCCGCUGCCGAGACUUAGGUGUGAUAUAAACAUGUAACUGGAGACAGAACGGGACGGAGAUCUCCCAGAUUCUUCAAAGAGCGUGGAUAUGAAAGAGGGGCCGAAGUGACCAGGGUCUGGAUCUGAGGGACGAAGGGACGGGGGCUGAUGCAGGACAACAGGACAAACCUCAGGAAUCCCAGACUUUCCUUCAUCUUUUCCCACGGUGGAGGUGGAGGGACAGCGGUCUGCACUCGCCCUGUGAAUGAGAAUGAACAUGUAUCUGCUCAAGCCUGGUGAUCAAACAGCGGCUGAUUGGAUGGACUCGAAUACAGUAUCUGCAACACAAUCAACAUGAUCUGUCAAACCUCAUUAUUCUGCACCUUAAUGCUUAUCAGUGUGAACAUGCACAUGAGGUUUGUGCAGCUUCACUCAUUAAGAUCCAUAAAAAAAACCCAAAAUAAUCUACUGAUGUAAAAUAUUUAACAACUGUUGAUCCAUUAAUUCUAUCAAUCCAUGUAAAUAAUUGGUGUA